AUGGUAGGAUCUCAACCAUUAUCGACGCUGCUUUGUGCAGCCAUUGUGCUAGGACGUGCUGCUUCGCCCACAUUGCUAGGGACCUUCGAGAACCCCGGCGUCAUAUGCCGACCCCGUUUCCGAUACUGGCUCCCGGACUCCGGCGUAGACCCGGAUAUUGUCGCGACUGACAUCAAAAACAGUGGCGAGCAUGGUGCUGGGGGCAUCGAGUUUGUUCCAUUCUUCAAUUAUGGGGGUGAAAGCGGCGGCCCGCCUCCCGAAGCGAACUGGGUCGCCAAUGGAUUUGGCACUCCGGCGUUUCGCGAUGUGUUCCGGGCUGCUCUUCAAGCACACAAGGAUGCGGGCUUGUUCAUGGACUUUGCAAUGGGUCCAAAUCAAGGCCAAGGUGUCCCUGCUGCUAUUGAUGAUCCGGGUCUGCAAUGGGAUCUUGUUCCAUACUCCCGGGAGGUCGCUACCAAUGGAACAUUCCAUGAUAAACUUCCCGGCUGGGGGGUUGGGGAAUUAGUUGCAGUUGUAUCAGCCCGCGUUAUCUCGCACACAAACGUAUCUCUACCGGAGGUUGACUCGCCAUAUCUCACAGCUCAAAGCAGCUAUCUCAGCUUAGUGCUCGACCACACAACUCUGUCCGAGAUUACAGACCAGGUGUCUGAGGAGGGGCAACUGUCUCUAUCUUUCCCGACAGGUGCAGAUUGUAGGUAUCGAAUUUUCGCCUACUAUCAGAGACAACCACUGAACAAAAACCUGCGAUUCACCAAUAAUAAUAUGGAAACAAUAUGGGAUAAUGGAUCCUAUGUAGUGGAUCAUUACAGCGCACGCGGUGCUCAGACAGUCAUUCAAUUCUGGGAGAAAAACAUCCUCAUCGAUGGCAUAAAGGAGCUUUUGAUGGAAGUAGGGAACUAUGACGCUGGGGCCGGAUACAUCAAUGACUAUCGCGGUGUCCUUGAAGACUGCUACCGGGAAUACCUCCAAACAUUUUCCGACUGGCUACAUAAUGAGCUCCAUCUAAACUAUUCCGCCCAAGUUUCCUAUAAUCUUCCUAUGGACAUGGAGGCCAGCAUACCUGUUGUUGAUACACCUGAGUGCGAAAGCCUUCAGUUUGGCGACAGCGUCGAUGCCUAUCGUCAGUUUUCCGGGCCAGCAGUGCUUGCAGGGAAAAGGGUAAUUUCAAACGAAAUGGGUGCGACCACUGGAGCUUACGAUUAUCCAUUUCCACGUCUUCUAUUUUCCGUUGGCCUUGCGGUUAUUGGAGGUGUGAAUCAGAUAGUUCUACAUGGGCAGAGCUAUACCGGAGAUUAUUACGAGACAACGUGGCCAGGCUACACUGCAUUCUCAUACACAACUUCGGAGCUCUACUCGGACAAGCAGCCUUCCUGGGACCACGGCUUGUCAGAUGUAUUGGGCUUCCUCUCGAGGGUUCAACACACCCAGCGACAUGGUAGUUCAAGGAUAGAUGUGGCUAUAUACAAUAAAGUGUCAGCGACCGAUAGUGUCAAUUUCCCACCUAUAUAUCAAGCCAACGAUUUGAUCAAAGCAGGGUGGUCUUGGACAUACAUUUCCCCGGACAACUUCGCGCUGCCGGGGGCCACAGUUAAAGACCACAUUCUUGGUCCAGACGGGCCCCGUUUCAAGGCACUGGUAGUUACAAAGAACAGCAACAUGACACUAGCAGGGGUGCGCAAGAUGCAUGAAUAUGCGACACGUGGCCUACCAAUUCUUUUCAGCGGUGGCUUUCCAGGAAUCUACGUCAGUGGCGAUGAGAAUGGAGCUGCCACUAUCCGUGCAAAGCUUACGGAGCUAUCAGCCUCAGCAAACGUACAUAUUGUUGGUGAAGGGGGUGUCGCCGACAAGCUAACAGCUCUUGGACUGUCGCCUUACAUCGGAAUACAAACGAAUGGCAAAUGGUUAACGACCUAUAGGGAGGAUUCAUCUACUGGAAUCGAUUACGGUUUGAUCUUCUGUGACUCAAACACUUCCUCCGGUUAUAUAACCGUGACUGGUCCUGCGAAGAAAAAGAUUCCAUAUUAUCUCAAUGCAUGGACAGGGGACAAGGCCCCCAUUUUCACUUACAAUGUCACUGAAUCAGGAUUGACCAUACCGGUGUCACUUAAAGGCAAUCAAACUCUCAUCGUCGCAUUUUAUCCUCCUGGCAUAUUGAGCGAAUCAGAUGCCCCCCAGAUACACGCUGUGGAGACACCAGCCUCGGUAAUUGGAGCAACGUCUGACCGGCGAGGCGGUUGGGUUGCCCAUGUUGCCAGAAAGAAUGGAUCUGAAAAUCAGCCGGAGAGGAUACAACUGUCUAGUGGCAACUACUUUGAUCUGCUUCACCGACAGCAGAUAGCUAAUUCGUUCAAUUUGAGCAAAUGGCACCUAAUUGCUGAGCAUUGGGAGGCCCCAACAGAUCUCUACGAGGCUCGGAUUACAGCACGCAAGUAUAAUACAACUCAUGAUUUACCUUCACUGAUGUCAUGGAGCAAGAUACCUAGCCUUAUGAACAGCUCCGGUCUGGGCUACUACAGCACAGCCUUCGAGUGGCCACCGGCAGAUUAUACUAGCUUCGACCAUGAUCCUCCAGAUGGUGCUUAUAUUAUCUUUCCAUCUAUCCUGCAUGCGAUCCAGGUUACCAUCAACGGUCAUAGGGUCCCACCAUUGGAUUACACAGAUGCCCGAGCAGAUAUCACUGCUUACCUCAAGACCGGAAGGAAUGAAGUCCUCGCAGUAGUCCCGACGACAAUGUGGAAUUACAUUCGCAGUAUACUGCCGAACAUACGGGACCAAGGGCGUCUUCCGGGUCUACUCACCGAAGGGCUACCAAUACCGGAAGUUUCGGAAAAUGGACUGAUUGCGGAAGCAAUCGUGAUUCCAUAUUCUAAACUGUCAAUCACAGAUGCUUGA